AUGGGUAACACAGAAUCUAUUCUUGAUGCGACUUCAGCUCAUCAAGCUGAUCGUGACAAAGAUUCUGAUCUGCUUGAUCAGUUCCUAAAGGAUUUUAACCCCGAAUCAAGAAAAGCCGCUCUGGAAACAAAACAAGAAGAUGGCAACGACUUUGCCACUCGUCUCAUCAUCGCUGCUCGUGAUGGAAAACUGGGUUUCGUAAAGGUUCUUUUACGUCAUGAAGCGAACAUCGAGGCCCGUGGAACAAUUAAGAUUGACGGAGAAGUUAUACUGGAUUGUACAGCUUUAUGGAUCGCUGCUGCUAAAGGUCAUUUUGAUGUUGUGAGACUCUUGAUCAAACAAAACGCUGAAGUCGACUGCAGAAUAUCGAGCAAUUCGACUCCGUUGAGAGCUGCUGCCUUCGGUGGAUACCUUGAUAUUGUGCGCUGUUUGGUUGAGAACGGGGCCGAUGUAAAUGCACACGCUUGUGGCAACAGUACUCCUUUGAUGACAACAUGUCACAGCGGCCACCUGGAUGUUGCUUCCUAUCUUCUCAAACAGGGCGCACACAUAAAUCUACAGGACAACGAUGAACGCUCGUGUCUUCAUUAUGCUUCGAAACAGGGUCACGUUCAGCUAGUUUGUGAGUUGCUCGCUUCAGGAGCAAAACAAACACGAAAUCUUAACCGUUUAACACCACUUCUUGAAGUCAGUAAUAAUUGUAAAAUUGAAAUGGUGGAGUGGUUCAUCAACCGAUCAGAAUGUUCAAAGGAACAGAGAAUUGAUGCUCUUGAGCUUCUAGGGGCCACUAUUGCUAAUGAUCCUCAUGCUUAUGACAUUGAAAAAGCGUUUAGUUUCAUGAAGCGAGGAAUGGAGGAGAGGUAUGAGGAUCCGUCAUGUCCUUUGCUUAAAAAGAAAAUGGAACCAGUGGAGGCUUAUCAAAAUAGAACAGAGAGUCAAACUCUUGAGGAACUUUCUCUCUUAGAAGGUGAUGAUCAUGCUCUACAUAUGGAAGGACUCAUGAUUAGAGAGAGAAUCCUUGGAACUGACAAUACAAUACUACGGUUCCCGAUAUGUUAUCGAGGAGCUGUCCUCUGUUAUUCUAAUAAGUACGAACUUUGUUUUGGUUUAUGGACACGAGCGAUGGAGAUAGCUAUGAAUUGCAAUGUUCCAAAAACAGAGGAUAUCGAAGACCUCACAGAUCUAAUUGCACACAUGAUACAGAAUGGGCACAGUUUGAGUCCACAAACCAUCGAGAACAUUUUUGAAAAACUUAUCGAUAGAAAAAGGAAACUGUUCGAAAAGUUGAAGCCUGGAGAACUGGAAGAAGAGCACCAAAAUGAGGCGCAAGAGACAUUGCUUUUUAAUGCUCUCUAUCUCUUGGUGAUGUACACCAAGGUUAAAGUUCCCUUGGAAAUUAAAAAUGGCAACAUGAUUGAUCUUCUUCGAAGAUUUCUGUGUUUAGAACCUCGCACCCGUGAUGGAAAUACACUUUUGCACUUGGCUGCAUGGCAUAAGACCCCUGUUCGUAAGAACGCUUAUUUGCGAGGUGUGUGUAAGCUUCCCUGUGUUGAGACCACGAAGCUAAUUUUUCAUGCAGGAUGUGAUGUGAAUUCCGUUAAUACCCAGGGAAACACUCCUUUACAUUUAGCUGUUACUUUUGUACCACGACCUGGACAAGUAGACAUUUUGAAAGAAAUGCUGGAGUUGUUGUUAGAUCUGGGCGCAGAUACAAAGCUUGUUGACAAGAAUGGUCAAACAGUUAUGGACUACUGCGAGACUGACGAAGCCCGAGGCAUCCUGUCUGCAAAAGGAGGACUGGGUGCCAUGAACAUCGAGGCCAGAAAGGUAAGAAAGGUUUGAUUUUUAGCGCUUUAUAUAUUUUCCCUAAGCAUUUCCUCUUUGGUUUUUUUUUACUUUAACAAUUUCCAGACUAAUCUUUUUACGAAUGAAACAAUUCAUUAUGAUGCUGUGAUAGUCAAAAGAAGUUUCAAUUCGGUGCAUCAAAAAUUGAGUGUCAUCACUGAAAAUAGAUGACCCAUCAGACAGUUAAAAUGUUUAUAUAUUAAUAGUCCCCCCCCCCCGAAAAAAAAAAGAAAAAAAAAACAAACCCUCCCUCUCUUGAAGUGUCCCAUAUUUUAGACUAGCAUAUGAAAAAAAUAAUAUAAUAUAAAUGCGCAAUAAACUCAAGUUGAUGAUGGCUUUCAAGCAAUAGCAAGCCGUUAGAUAAAGCUUGCAGGCGGGCUUUACCGCGGUCGACUUGUUGAUCAAAUUAACAGACUUAUGAUCACCCGUCCGAUUAAUGUUUGUACAACAAAAACAAAGCAAUUAAAAUGAAAGUUCAAACAGCAAACCGUGUUUAUUUGUAUAGUUUUGCGGUCUGGCUUUAGCGUUGGUUGAUUUCGUUCGCAUUCGAUGUAUAAUGACUUGUUUACUUAUAAUACAAGCAGUCAAAAUGAAUUUGCAUCGAAGACUUGCGGAAAAAGCGGUCGUAAGGAAUGAAAUUAUCAGACAGUGUACCACCCGACCACAGAUGACAUCCCUCUACGGCGCAUAAUAUAACUGGCAACUAUCAUAAUAAUCUUAAAAGCUCAUCAGUCUUUUGUUGUACAUUGAUACUAUCUUGAAUUGCUUGAAACUUGAAUUUCCAGGGCAAUUUGCCACUAUGAAAUCCUUCUAUGGAGAGUUCGUUAAAAGUAAAUCAUAACAAUUCGUGACAGCAAUCGCUUGAACUCGCACGUAGCAUGUUUUGUAACGGGUCAACGAGCUAAAUACUCCUGAUAUAAAAAUAGUUUAAAUAGUGUGAGUAGAGUCCGUUAGCUAGUCGGUGAAAAUAACAAUAAGAAUUUAUAUAUAUUGUAACAGUACAUAUUUUAAGAAGAGACCUCAGUGGUUCUCAGGGGGUCCACUAGAGAAUAAGCAAACCAAAAAUCUAAGAAAACAUUAAUUAUGAAACUGACCUUAGAUAAAUUAGUAAAAAGUUAUUUUAAAAGUGCCUAUUAAAAGCGUAUUUAAUUUCCAAUUCCAACUUGAGCAUGGCAUAGGUCUUUUAUUUCUGUUAAACUUAACUAAGGCAAAUCAUGUAAAAACGUAAUAUUUAAGUUCCUGAAAAAAAUACCGCAAUGCACAGAUUUUUUUUAGAUUUGUUUGGCAGGGAGGCUCAAUGUACAUGUACCAAAAUGUUUUUAUCCCCUAAGUUGUUAUGUGUUUUCCUUUUUUUCCCAAGAAUGAAGUAACUAGAAGUGGGGUCGGUGAAGGAAGAGGGGGAAGAUUUGUUCCUGGUACCGAAAAAGACCUCACUGAGAAUUUUAAAAGGGAAACGAAGAAGAUAUCAGGUAAAAGGAGCUUGUUGAGGAACAAAUUUGUAAAGAAAAAUAAUUGUAAGGAAGACUAGCGAUUUCCGUCAUGAGCUUUCAAGUUACAAUAUUAGGUAACGCAGGAGACUGAAUAUAUUACAUAUAUAUUUUACACGGAUAGCAGGCUGGGCGCCAAGUAAUCUAAAAUGGAGUCUAAAUGAUCCAGAUCCUAAGUUUGAAAUCUCUUGAAUGGGAGAGAGAGGAAUAUGUUUUGGGUUUUCGAUCGGUUCACGCCCUGUGAGACAAGCUAAAAUUGCCUUAUUCUAUAUUCAUUGUCUAAGGACUAUUUAGGGAGUUGACACAGCACCUGGAGAACGUUCAAGAGCAACCAAGAAACAGAGAUGAAGAACUGAGGGAGAUGACACAACAGUUGACAGAUGUACGGAGGCAACUACAAGAGAGAGAUGGAGAACUGAGCGAGAGGACACGGCAGUUGACAAACACUCAGGGGCAACUAAAAGAGAGAGAUGGACAACUGAGAGAGAAGACACAACAAUUAACAGAUACUCAAGGGCAGCUAAAAGACAAAGAUAAACGACUGAGGCAGAAGACACAGCAGUUGACUAAUGUCCAAGGGCAACUACAAGAGAAAGAUGGACAACUGAGAGAGAAGACACAGCAGUUGGCAAGCGUCGUGUGGCAACUACAAGAGAGAGAUGGACAACUGAGGCAGAAAAGAAAUCAGUUGACAGAUUUCCGGAGGCAACUACAAGAGAGAGAUGAACAACUGAGGCAGAAAAGAAAUCAGUUGACAGAUGUCCGGAGGCAACUACAUGAAACAAAUGAAGAAUUUACUUCCUUGGAACAUGAAAUAGACGAACUGGAGACGUCUCUUUCAGCAGCUCAAAGGGCGCUUAACGAACGUUCACGCCCUCAGACUCCUGAUUGGGUCAUUCCACGCGAUCAGAUUCAGCUGACGGACAAAUGCCUUGGAAAGGGAGGCUGGGGAAGUGUUAUCGAAGGCAAAUACUGUGGCUGUGCUGUCGCCGUCAAACAGAUGUACGAGUUAAUACUUUCUGAUCACAACCGUAGAUUGUUUGAGCGAGAGAUGAGCAUUGCCGCCAGAUGCCGCCAUCCUUGUAUGCUGCAGUUCAUUGGGGCAACAAACGAUGAAGAAAGUCCUUUGUUUGUAACAGAGCUCAUGCAAUCUAGUUUACGAGCACUGUUAGAACAGCGGCGUCUUUCUUCACUUGAAGUGUGUGUCAUUUCUCUAGAUGUGGCUCGAGCAUUGAACUACCUCCACUUACAGAAACCAUCCCCUAUCAUUCACCGAGACAUCAGCAGUGCCAAUGUGUUACUGUGGCGGCAAGCUGACCAAUGGCGAGGCAAAGUGUCAGAUUAUGGCACGGCUAAUGUUUUGCAGCAUACCAUGACAGUUGGUCCUGGUGCUAUGAUAUACAGUGCACCUGAAGCGCAUACUAGAUACCAAACCGUCAAGGUAUGUCUGAAAAUUGAAUAUUGGAGUUUUAUUUCUCAAUUGCUUGAUUGUGAUUGCUAUGAAGUUUAUUCGUGAUAAGAUUGAAAAUCAAUCUGUGAAGGGCUCGGGACAAAAAAUCCCGUUUGAUCUCUGACUAUAGUUGAACCUUUAUCCUUGGUAAAUAGGUCGGAUGUUUCACGCAAUAUCAGUCUAUGGGGAACAUGCCACCGGACAGAUCACGAUCACCU